AUGGAGGCCAUCAAGAAGAAGAUGCAGAUGCUGAAGCUGGAGCGGGAGGGCGCCCUGGAGCGCGCGGAGCGGGCCGAGGCCGACAGCCAGGCGGCGGAGGCCCGGCGCCGGCAGGCGGAGGAGGAGCUGGCGCAGCUCCGGAGGAGGCUGCAGGGGACGGAGGACGAGCUGGACCUGCGCUCGGAGGAGCUGAAGGAGGCGCAGGAGAGGCGGGAGCUGGCGGAGAGGAGCGCGGCCGACGCAGAGGGCGAUGUGGCGGCGCUGAACCGGCGCGUGCAGCUGGUGGAGGAGGAGCUGGACCGCGCGCAGGAGCGGCUGGCCUCGGCCCUGCAGAAGCUGGAGGAGGCCGAGAAGGCAGCCGACGAGAGCGAGAGAGGCAUGAAGGUCAUCGAGAACCGCGCCAUGAAGGACGAGGAGAAGAUGGAGAUCCAGGAGAUGCAGCUGAAGGAGGCCAAGCACAUCGCCGAGGAGGCCGACCGCAAGUACGAGGAGGUGGCGCGCAAGCUGGUCAUCCUGGAGGGCGAGCUGGAGCGAGCGGAGGAGCGCGCAGAGGUGUCGGAGCUGAAGUGCGGGGACCUGGAGGAGGAGCUCAAGAACGUCACAAACAACCUCAAGUCCCUGGAGGCCGCGUCCGAGAAGUAUUCUGAAAAGGAAGAUAAAUACGAGGAAGAAAUCAAACUCCUGUCUGACAAACUGAAGGAGGCUGAGACCCGGGCAGAGUUUGCAGAACGAACAGUGGCCAAACUGGAGAAGACCAUUGACGACCUGGAAGAGAAACUAGCCCAGGCCAAAGAAGAGAACGUGGGUUUGCACCAAACACUGGACCAGACGCUGAAUGAACUCAACUGUAUUUAAGGAAUCCUGGAGUCCUCCCGGCUUGGCUCAGC